GAGACCAGUGAAGGAUCAGACUCAGACACUUUCUGCAGCAGCAGGGCCUUGAUGGACAGGGCGGUGAUUGUGCUGCUGACUGUAUGCUGCCUGCUGCAGGGGCCUCUAGCGACCACAGGGAGGCAGCCAGGCACCAAGCACCACUUCUUCUAUGCUGUGGAGAUGGACGGAGGCACCAGAGCUGCACGAGCCCUGGCCGAGCAGCACGGACUACAGUUCAUAUCACGGAUAGGCAACCUGGAGGGCCACUUCACCCUGAGAGACAGCAGGGGGCGCCCUGACAGAGCUGCCCUGGUGAACACCCUGGCAGAAAGAACCGGGGUGAGGUGGGUCCAGGGACAACAGACUCACUACAGAGACAAGAGAGCUGUUAUCAGAGGACUGGACCCACACCACAGUGAUAUUCCACAUCACUGGAGAGAGGGGAAUUCAGGGAGGCCUUUCACCACUGGGUGGAGUGGAGGGACUUCCUGGUCUCAGAGUACACAGCAACAACAACACACACAUACACACACAAACACGCACACUGGAGACCAACUGAGUCCUUCCCUGACCUUCAACGACCCUCUCUGGCCAAUGCAGUGGGAACUGUUCAACCAUGGCCAAUACAGCUCCAGUCACUUUGACCUGAACGUGAUGCCAGUGUGGAGCAGGAACAUCACAGGGAAUGGAGUGGUGGUCAGCAUCAUCGACGACGGUGUGGAUCAUACAAACACGGAUCUGAAGAGAAACUUUGAGGCCUUGGCCAGUUUUGACCUGCGUGGCUCCCACGGCCUUUCCCAUGACCCCAUGCCACUCAGAGAUGAGGAGAACGGUCAUGGCACCCGGUGUGCAGGGGAAGUGGCCAUGGAGGCCAACAACUCUUACUGUGGCGUGGGCAUCGCUUUCAACGCCAGGAUCGGUGGUAUCCGUCUGCUGGACGGCACGGUGACGGACUCCAUGGAGGCCACGUCUCUGACCUUCAACAACGACUUCAUCGAUGUGUACGUGUGCUGCUGGGGCCCGCGGGACGACGGACAGGAGAUGGCCGGGCCGGGGACACUCACACAGAAAGCACUGAGGCUGGGCACACAGAAGGGGCGAGGUGGAAAAGGAAGUAUAUUUGUGUGGGCGUCUGGUAAUGGUGGGUUGGUGAACGACCACUGUGGAGCAGACGGCUAUGUCAACAGUGUCUACAGCAUUGCCAUCGGUGCGGUCACUCACAUGGGCAAGCCCGCCUUUUUUGGUGAGCCCUGCCCUGCUGUCAUGGCUGUCACUCUAACUGGAGCCAGUUUGGAAAACACACUACCCCUAGUGACAGUGUCCAAUCUAGGGGACGGUUGUGUUACCCACUUUGCGGGGACAUCCAGUGCUGCACCCAUCGCGGCCGGGAUUCUGGCUCUUGUCCUGGAGGCCAAUCCUGACUUGACAUGGAGGGAUGUGCAGCAUCUGAUCGCCAUGACGGCCAAGGUCCCCGACCCCAAAGAGCCAGAAUGGAGUGUCAACGGAGCAGGGUACCACGUCCACGAUAGGUAUGGGUUUGGGGUUCUGGAUGCAGGACUGAUGGUGCAGCAGGCCUUACAGUUCCAGGCUGUCGCCUCUCACAGGAAGUGCACACAGGAAGUCACUCUUGACCCCAUCAGGAUCCUGCCCUCUGGAGGAGAGGUCAGUGUGAACAUCCAAUCAGCAGGCUGCUUGGGGACGGACACUGAGGUCAACACACUGGAGCAUGUGCAGGUGAAGGUGAGUCUCAGCAGUGUGUGUCGUGGUGACCUCUCCAUAGCCCUAGCGUCCCCGGCGGGCACAGUAUCUCUGCUCCUGGCCACGCGGAGCAACGAUGACUCGGCCGCCGGCCUGAGGAACUGGACCCUAAUGAGCGUCCAGUCCUGGGGGGAACACCCUCACGGCGUCUGGACACUCAAGGUGACAGACAACAAGGGGACAGUUGGCCGCUGUGUCAGAGUUAGCUCAGAGGAGGCAGCGGGGGCCAUCCUCAGUGUCACACUUCUCCUCUACGGCACCUACAACCCACACAGGAGCCUGCACGAAGUGCCCCUGCAGAGUUUUUUGUCCAUGGGGGCAUACCACCAUGUCCCUCGGGCGGGGUUGUAUGUUCGGGACAGGUACCCACCUGAGGACCUGAUCCAGAGGGCCUUUGAGCUAGAGAGAGACAGGAAGGUGGGCACUGAUGACAUCCCCGUCCCGCGCCAACGCAAGAAUUCCGAACUGGUUCAUCAUCAGGUGCAGUCCUUCAAUAUUCUGGAUCUGGAUGAUACUGACGGAGCAGACCUCCACUCCCACCUAAAGCUCAUGUGGAACACUCUCAGGGAUAAAGUGAAGACCAACUGGUUUCUCUAUAAGUCCAUUACAGGGAAUCAGUCUCCACAGUUAAGAUGGGCAGACAUUGCCCCUUACGGAUCUUCUCCGAACCAGCAGAGCAACGGCAUGCAGGGCAGACCGUGGGCAGGGGCAGAGCAGGGGCAGAGCAGGGGCACCGGCCAGUGAGGGCAAGGGGCACAGUUGAAACAGCAUC